AUUUUUAUAAUAGUGUACAGUUCUUUUAGCUGUAAAGUUUAUAACAGAAAUAUCAAGUGAGAUACUCGAAAUCGACAAAGGGAUUUUACCUUAAUCUUUUUAUUUCUAUUUUCGUGCUGUAUGUUAGGAAUCUAAAAUGGAUUGCGUGACUACAUUAAAACUUUUAGUUAUUGGAGAAAGUGGAGUUGGUAAAUCAAGUAUCAUAUUAGCGUUCACAACGGGAGAUUAUAACGCCUCCUUUCCUGCCACAAUAGGAGUGGACUACAAGUGCAAAGUGAUGGAUGUAAAUGGACUCAAAGUUAAACUGGGCAUUUGGGACACAGCGGGGCAAGAGAGAUACAGAACUUUGACCAACAGUUUCUACAGAGAUGCACAUGGUGCAAUCUUGGUGUAUGAUGUUUCGGAACCCAAAACAUUAGCCAAGCUUAAUGAGUGGGUCGAAGAGUUACAAGUGUAUUCCACAAAGAAAAACAUUGUCUGUCUUGUGGUUGGCAAUAAAAUUGAUAAGCCUCGUGUAGUUCCGAGAGAGGCCGGCCAGGCAUUCGCAAUGAAACACAGAAUGCUGUUCAUAGAAAGCAGCGCUAAAACUCAGGAAGGCAUAAACUUGGCUUUUGAAGAGCUCGUGCAAAAGAUAAUCGAAACACCAGGUCUUUGGGAGUCGAAGGGAUCAUCGUCAAAUAUUCGCGUAUCUAACGAAGAUGGAAGGCAGCAGGAAACUUCGUGCUAUGACUACACUUGUACUAUAUAGUUGAAAAAUUAUAAUUUUUUAAACAUUUGGCUGUAUUUGUAAGAAUCUUUAUCAAAUGAAAAUUCCUAUAUACCACAAAUAUUUUUUUCUUUCUUCUUGUUUGACAACUUUAAGAUUAUGGGACAUACAU